AUGGCAGUUGUAUUCGGGCUACGCUACAGUCUGGGCUCUAUUCCUAUUUUUCGGCAUGCCUCCAAAUUACGCACUGCCUGGAUUCGAUGGGGCAAGUUCUCGGCCCCCUUCAGCAAACGAUGUCCGGCAUCCUCUGGCUUACAGUUUCCACCAUUCCUCGUCAUGAAUGCAUUCCUUGGGCGCAAGAAGUACGACUCGUUUCUUGGACGGGAGGGCCUCCACCUGCGAGCCUGGCUACCGUCAAACUGGAAAGCUUUCAUCGCCGCCAUCGAGUAUCACUACAGCAUCCCGGAGUCUGUCAAGCGGUCCGGUGAUCCGUGGCUGAUUGGCGUUCUUGAAGGACUCGUUGAGGCCUAUUGUGGCGAGAGAGGUUUUAUGGGAACUCACAGAUACAAGGUCUACGGCAUUCACAAAAUUGCGAGCAAGACGGGCCGGACGGAGACGAACGGCUUGUCUGGAGCCCCUGACUCGAAUGCUAAGCCUAUCGACGUCGAACCACACGAAAUGCGCGGCACCUUCGAGGAGUGCCGCUACAGGUCUCGAAUCCUCGGUCGCUCCUUUGUCGACGCAGACCCCAAUCGGUCCAUUGCCAUGGUCACCCUCAACCUCCAUGACACCUCCUUCACCUGGGGGGAGUGCGCCAAAGUUGCAGCCGCUCUGGGCCUUGCUGAGUAUCUCGACUACCCCGUCACCUUAACCACGCCUUGGCAGAGGUUUGCUCGACAACUGGGAUACGUGCGCCAUGGUUCUGUCCCCCAGCUCACUGUGAAGGACCUUGCUCUUGAGGUCCAUGAUAUGCUCCGAGCAUCGUCCAAUACAGUCCUCCAGGUCUUGGCUACCACCGAGUGGCCUGUUCGCCGUACGCUUGGUGAUCUUCUGCAAGCUGCCGUCCUUGACACGGACCAGCACAUUUGGGACCUGGCGUUCGAUCUCACAGGCGCCUUCUCCUGGCUCUCCGAUUUGAUACCUGUCGAGGUGCCAAGAACCUACUCCAUCUCGAAUUACCCUAAGGAGCUUCUCCCUUCAGCCAUCGAUUUGACUGUGUCUUGGGCCGAGUACAAGCUGUGCUCGACAUUUGCUGGCAACAACGACGAGAUGCUCGAAACGGGCGAGCACAUCCUCAUCGGCGUCUCCAGACCUCUGAACUUCCAGCUUCCUAUCGACAGGGCCGUCACGUGCGCUUACUUUGCUGGUGGUAGCGGCAUUGCCCCCUUCCGGAGCUUCUGGCAGGCUCGUCUAUCCUCUCACACCAACACCGGUGGCCGGGAUAUCCUUUAUCUCGGGGUUCAGAGCCGAGACAAGUUCUGUUACGAGCAAGAAUUGCGCAAAUAUGUGGGUACAGGGCCUAUGGAAGUCUAUAUUACCUUCUCCCGUGACAGUCGCGGUCUUGCCUACGACCGUGGAUCGCGCGACCUCAUCGAGAAAAAAAUGCCGCCUCGAUACAUCGACGCCCUGAUUAUGGAGCAGACCGCGACUGUCUCAGAGCUCGUCAUGUCGAGGAAACAAGGUGGACUGGGCGGCUAUUUCUACGUCUGCGGCUCUGCCGCCGCGAUCUACAACCAUUGCAGUUCGAGCAUGGAAGCCGCCGACAUUAUACUCAACAAGGCGUUUGCGGAACGACGGUUCAUGCUCGACGUCUUCAUGACGCCGAAGUCUCUGCCUUGCAAUCUACCGACGAUUCCUCUUUCGCAGCUCGCUCGUGAAACUGGGCGCCGUCCUGGUGGCCGCAUGUGGAUAGCUGUCCACGGCAGUGUGUACGACGUAACCGACGUCGCUCCAAUGCACCCGGACGGCACCAUCAUCAUCCAGUCCAACGCUGGUGUCGACUGCUCUACGACGUUCGAUAACCUCGCCCACACCAACAACCCAGAAUUGACACCCAAGCCUGACUUCUACGGUAAUCCGGAGUUGGCGGAUCUGUACAACCUUUGGGCGGCAUAUCUCCGCACAUCCACCGAGACACUCGUGGCCCACAGGUUUGAGAUGUACGAGAUCGCGGGUGCAAGCGAUGUCGGCACCAGCCAGGAGUAUCUCCGAGGCGCCGAGAAUGUAUGGCGCAGAGAAAAUAUGUUGAACAUCGGCCUGGGUGUCCGGAUGUUCUAUGAUUACCAGUCCCGUCUACUGCAAGGGGGCUUCUCGGCCCUUUUCGGCGCGAAGUUGCAAGAGCUCAUUCUCAAGCUCUCCUUUCCCCUUGCCAAUGCUGUGGCGUCCGGAACAGAUACGCGGUUGCCUGAUGUGCUGGGCAUCAUUGCUCGAGCCAAGACAUCACCAGAUGCCGUCGCCACAUCGCAGGAGGUGGCGCUCAUCGGCCAGUUUGUUUGCGAGAGCAGCAUCAGCUAUGCGCCAAACAGCGUGAAACUUGACAUUGAGCUGCUGGAAGAUAUUCGUGAGGAGGCAUGCCAUGGAAUGGAUGCUUUGGGUAGCAUUGCCGCCAUGGCAGACACAGACGACAAUCAUAGGCUUACCGUCGCCGCAACGAUUCUGAUGCAGACGCUCGAAAGAAUAGCAAGGCGACUCGAGGUCUUCUAUUCUAAAGUCUCUCGCCUCCAAAUCCGAGAUGGAACCUUCUUCGUCCUCACCCAGAAGGCGGUCCUUGGGGCCACACCGGCAUAUGUUCCUGCAGCUAACCACAACAACGGCGUCGACUUUGACAAUGUCAUGGAUCAUGUCCAAGCUAGCAUUCGUGGCUCGCCAAAGGUUAGCCUGGCGCCACAAACGCUCAAUGCGAUGCACCUCGCCAGGACGAGCUUACCACCCGCCGAAACAAGCGCCAUGGCCACACACGAGAACAACACCGCCAGGCGCGCCAUAUCCACCUUCAUCGACGCCAACAUGCGCUCCAUCCGGAGGCUCAGCAAGAUGCCGCCCAUGCCGCUGACUUUCGAGCAGCUGCAGCGGCAGUUUGAAAGCAGCAACCGGAUUGGACGCCCGCCGACACCACCGUCCAAGCAUCGGUGGCAUCGGCAUGGGCAUGGGCAAAGGUAUCCACUCUCCGCCGACCCCGCCCCUGGACCCGGCUGCGGCGAUGACGGCUAUGAUGGGAAAGUUGAAUGUCAGGUCGAGGGGAAACUUGGCGCCGCUCCAUUUCCCCGCGGUGUCCCGCAGCUCCAGUGUGAGGUUGCUGCCGCAUGGUACUGA